AUUGCUUCUGACGUCACAUCAGUCUUGACGUCACAAAUCGUUUGACAUUUUGAGAGAAAAUGAGUGAAAAACGCAAAAAGGUCGAUAUCGCCACCCGAGACCUCGUCUUAUCCAAUGAUCAACUCGAGAAAGUGGUUGUUCUUUUGGAACAAGAGUUCAAUGAAGGCUUGAAACGCGAAACCAAUCCAAUAGCGGCCGUCAAAAUGUUUCCGACGUUUGUCCGCGACGUUCCCAACGGACGCGAGGCCGGCAAGUUCUUGGCCUUGGAUUUGGGCGGAACCAACUUCCGCGUUCUUCUCAUAGAACUCAACGGAAAGGACUUCCGGUCGGAUUCGCAGAUCUUCGCAGUUCCGCAACACGUGAUGUUGGGUUCGGGACAACAACUGUUUGACCACAUCGCGGCCUGUCUUCAGGAGUUCAUGGAUUCGCGACAUUUGAAUGGAACGCGUCUUCCGCUGGGAUUCACUUUUUCGUUUCCGUGUCGUCAAGAAGGACUCACAAAAGCACGUCUCGUUCAGUGGACUAAAGGAUUCGCGUGUCGAGGGGUCGAAGGUCAAGACGUCGUUCAACUCCUUCGAUCUUCUAUCAGCAAAAUCGGAGUCGAAAUCGACGUCAUGGCCGUCGUCAACGACACGACCGGAACUCUCAUGUCUUGCGCCCACAAGAACGCCGAAUGUCGGGUCGGAGUGAUUGUCGGCACCGGAACCAACGCUUGUUAUAUGGAAUCGGCUGAUCGCGUCGAACUCCUUCCUUCCGAUUUCAGCGAUCGUUCUGUUGAUCCGCCGCAAGUCGUGGUCAACACGGAAUGGGGAGCUUUCGGUGAUAACGGAGUCUUGGAAUUCGUGAGAACCGAUUGGGACGACGAAGUCGACACUUAUUCGCUGAAUAAAGGACGACAACUAUUCGAGAAAAUGAUAUCUGGAAUGUACAUGGGAGAAAUGGUCAGAUCCAUUGUCGCCGAUCUCACGCGACGCCAACUCCUGCUUUCGGGCGUCGGAUCCCAAAAACUGUUUACUCCUCACUGCUUCCAAUCUGCUUACGUUUCUUGGAUCGAAUCUGAUCCAAACGGAUCUUUUGCAAAGACUCGAGAUGCAAUGAAGGAAAUGGAUCUUGGACACGCAGAUGACGACGACAUGGCCGCCAUUCAGAUGAUUUGCGAACGCAUUUCCACUCGAGCCGCUCAUCUGGUAUCGGCGGCAGUGGCCACUAUUUUACGAAGAAUGAGAAGAGAAUACACGGUUGUAGGAGUGGACGGAUCUGUUUAUCGAUUUCAUCCGCAUUUUCACGACUUAAUGGCCAAAAAGAUCGCAGAACUGACUCCUUCUGAAUUCCGCUUUGAUCUGAUGCUAUCCGAAGAUGGCAGCGGUCGUGGUGCUGCUCUGGUGGCCGCAGUGGCCGUCCGACAAAUCGCCGAUUUGCGCGCCGCCGGACUCAUAGAAUAGUUGUUAUUUAGUUGUUUAUCCGCUGCGAGCGCUGUAUUCGCUUAGAUUUUAAUCGCUUUUAAUGUAAAUAAAAAUCAGAUGAUAUCUGACGUCAUUGACUCCGCCUUCUUCGCAGACAUGACUCGAAUCGAUGUUUCGAAUCCUCAGUUCAACCAAAACACCUAUUGGGGUCGAGCGCGCCAUUUCUUCGCCACAACCAAUCCUCUGAAUCUGUUGGUCUCUU